CACACAAAGAUGCAAUGGCAUAUGCAGACUGGCUUAGAAAAGACUAUCGAUUUCGUGGUAUGCUUGUUCAAACUUCACCAGCUUUAAACGGGCAUGCUUUUCCUCGCUUGAAACUGAGGUACAAACCAUCACUUGUUCAGCCUCACACAUUUCAGCUCGUACUCUCAAAAGAUAAUCUGAAGAUUCAGGGGGAAAAGAACCUAAUCAUCUCCUUACCUGCUAAGCAUCGGAUUGACUCCACUGCAGAAUGAAUUAGUGAAAUGUUGUCAUAGUCAAGGGUCUAGAGUGUGAAGUUUGAGCAAAUGUAUGUGGUUCAAUAGGAGAAAUUAUUAACAAACUGUUGCAGCAUUCAAUCCAGAACACUCUUUACGGACUCACAUGUUUUUACAUGGUAGCAACCUUCUGCAGUUCUGCCCCCAGCUCCUUGUCGUGUACUCGUGUUUAUCUUACUGAUUUCUGUUGAAACUAACGAGUCAUAUCUUUGACUGGUGUAUGCUUUUUGAUGUUAUGUGCGCGCGCGCUAAUAUGUAAUAGUAGAAGGACCUGUUUGCUAUUCUCUAACAUAAGUAGAGAGGGGUUGCUCAGGGAUGGGACUUACCUCAUUCCCAAAUUCUUCAUGGUAUACAGAGCCUAGUUCGAUCCUUAGCGUCCCCGCCGUCCACCGCCACCCAAGCUUCCGCCGCCGCCGUCCCAAGCCACCACCGAAGUCCACCACCCGACCCGCCAGGCCAUGUCCUACCGCCGUCCGCAGCCGCUGCGCCGCGCGUACGCUCCGCUUGGGCGAGCAGAGCGAGCGAGGAGGCGCUGCUCGCCCCGGGCGGGGAUCCAGCGGGCCCGUCGCGUGAGGCGGCAAGGGGGAGCCGCUGAGGAGCUUCGCAGGGGCCUGGAGGGCAGUGGCUGCUGCUGCAAGGGAGAGAGGAGAGCUGCUGGCUGCUGCUGCAAUUUGCAAGAGGGAGAGAGAAGGAGAGCUGCUGCUGCAAGGGAGAGGAGAGCUGCUGGCUGCUGCUGCGAUUUGCAAGAGGGAGAGAGAAGGAGAGCUGCUGCUGCUUCUAUACUGCUGGUGUGUGUGAACGGAGGAGAGUGAAAGUGCUGCUAAAGCUGGUGUCUGGACUGUAAUGGCUGUGGUGGUGUUUGAGGCUUACUAAAUAUGUGAUGUACUGAAGCUUGCCGUGAUCGUGCCUGUCUCGCUCGGCAAUUAGCUUAUGGCAUUAGCUUCAGUGACAAUGAUGACUCCAGAGGAGAUGGAGGCGAAGAGGAAGGAGGAAGGGACUGUGACUAGGGGGGAUGAUCCAUUGGUCACACAGAGUGUGAUGAGGAGAUGAGAUGCAUGAUUCAGGAACUCAUGGGGAUGGGCAUGAUUGGUGCUAAAAUAAUGCUGGGACCAUCUGAGCUAAAGCUGGAGCUUAUGCCAAAUGAAGUGAAGCUAGAAGGUAGCAAGAAUUAUCUGAGUUGGGCAAGAAGAGUGGAAGUAAUUCUUGGUGGAAAAGGCGUGGAGCAUUACCUAGAAGAGAGUUGUGUUGAGCCUGCUGACAAGUUCAACACAGAAUGGAAGGUGUGGCACACCACAAAUUAUGUUGUGGUGGCAUGGCUGAUGGCAUCGAUGUCUCCUAUUGGUAAGAUGGUAGAAUCAAUGCGGAGUGCCGCAAAAAUAUGGAAAACGUUGAAGAACAUGUAUUCCAGGAAAGGAAACAUGAUGAUGUUGAUGGAAAUUCAGAACAAGGUGUAUGUAGUGAAACAGGAAGGGAGACCAGUUGAAGAGUAUGCUAGUGAGCUGAAGUAUUUGUGGGGGGAGCUGGAUCAUUAUGCUCCACUCCAAAUGGUAACUCCAAACGAUACACAGGCUGUACAGAAAUGGGUGGAGGAUAGGAGAGUCAUUCAUUUUCUGAAGCAUCUAGACCAUGUGUUUGAGAGUAGGAGGGCUGCCUUUUGUCAUCUAGAUAGUCUUCCUACUCUAGAGGCUGUCAUCUCAGCCAUGGUACAGGAGGAGAGCAGGCUCCAUGUGAUGGGUGGUAAUAACCCAGUGAGAUCAACCUACACCACAAUGAAUGGCAGGAAGUGUUAUAGUUGUGGAGAGAAAUGGCACUUGAGCUACAACUGUCCAAACCCAAGGAACCAUAACGGUGGUCGAACUAGGAUUCGUGGUGGUCGUGGUGGUAGCCGUGGUGGCUAUGGAGGGGGUCGCGGAGGCCACGGUGGAGGUAGAGGCAGAGGUCAUGGUGGCCCUAGUGCCAAUGUGGCAUCAUCAGGGGAAGCUCCAUUUAUCAUCCUAAUGGGAGAGCAAGUCAUGCAGUGGGAACAGUGGCAGAAAGGCAAAGCCUCUGAGGACUCCACAAGAACCUCCUCACAGGGUCCUGUGACAGCAGCUGCCGCUCAUUUUGGUAACUUUGCCAACUACGCCCGUGCGGGCGAAGGUACUCAGGCACAUGCACUUGCAUCAUAUCACUCUCAUUUAGAUUGGAUUAUAGAUUCAGGUGCAGCCAAGCAUGUGACAGGAGAAGAGGACUGGGAAGAGGAUUGGGACUGGAGUCAAGCGUAACGGGGUGUGGUACAUCGGUCGGGAAGACGUAGCUUUAGCAGUGGAGGAAGAAAAAGAGCAAGAUAUUUUGUUGUAUCAUCGGAGAUUAGGACAUCCAUCUUUUGAGAGCUUAAGCAAGAUGUAUCCUGAGAUAUUCAACAAAGUAGACAAGAGAAAACUUGUGUGUGAUGCUUGUGAGUUUGGCAAGCAUACACGGUCUACAUAUAUUGUUGUUGGUCUCCGGAGUUGUGAACCCUUCAUAUUAAUACAUAAAGAUGUUUGGGGUCCAUGCCCGAUUA